AUGAAUCUCAUUACAAUCCUCCUCGUCCUCUCUCUCCAGCUGGGCAUAGUCCUAGCUAGCCCCUUUGAGCCUUCCGACUUUGGCAUCCGAAAUGUUUCCCAAGAAGGAUACGGCAAUGAAUGCGACAUUUUCAAGGAAAGCUAUGUGCAUGGUGCCCCAAGUCCGUGGCAGUCUCUUUACAAGGGGUUGGUAAGAUGGGUUGCGGAAAGAAAAACCGCAAGGACUGUAGAUGCCAAUACCAAGUCCAAAAGGCCUCUGGAGACUCCGGUGGCCGAUUGGGCCGAGAUGUGCAAGAAGAUCAACCUCCAUGAUGGCAUUCAGAGCGAACAUAUGAGCAUGAUCGAUCACGCGGAGGCCUGCCAUAGACAAGCUCUCGAGAUAAUCAGCAGUCCCAAGGGUGUAUUUACGGAGGAAAUGGCUAGCGGCCACACAGAUCUUGUUGUGAACCCGAGGGUGAUGGCGAAGCUGAUUGUCGAAACCAUGAACAGCACUCUCAGCACGCUCGAAGACGAAUUCGGAGACGAUGAAGAGGAUGACAUGGCAUGGCCAGGCCAUGGAUAUCCUAGAUACAUGUGGUACUUCAAACCAAAAGAGGGAAAACGAUAUUCUAUUCGUUCACCUGAACAAACGAUUGAAGAGUUGGAAAAAGAAAUGGCGGAAUUGGAGCAGAGGAUUCUGGCCAAGAAGCUGAAGGAAGAUGGUGGCCUAGGAGGUCGAUAUCUGGAAUUCACUGCUCAAGAGCAGCUGGCUCAACUCAGCAAUAUUGAUUGA